CGGCGUACCACGUUGAACUCUUCACCUCCUCCACAAGACAUGGUUUGUAAUGCGAAAAAUAAUAGCCACGAGAAAAGGUCUCCAAGUAACAUCACUCACGUAAAGAAGAAGACCCCCCCUAAACCAAAUUCCAAAACAAGAGCACCCAGAAAGAAAUUUCAAAAGACGAAGCAGCCGAUUGAUAUAUCCUCCAGGUUUGAUAGUAAAAAACCACCUUGCUAUCCAUGGUUAAUAUUUCUUUAUGGAUUUGAAGUGAAAGAAUGUUUCUGUUUCAAUGCUCAUGCAGUUGCAAUGCCGUGACACCUGACGCAACAUUCCAAAACAGUCCUCAGACGAUGGAAGAACAAAAAUUAUGUCUGUUGGAAGCAAAAGUCACCGGGUUAGAAGCUUCUGUGGCAAUGUUAAUUGAGGGAGUGGAAAACAUGACAAAUAUGGUGACAACUUGGCAAAGCGCGAAGGUGAUCAGCCAAGACAAGAAUUUGACCGCAAGUCCCCCUGCACUAACGCAUGGUUAUACACCACGACAAUCUAUCAUCAGCAAACCCACUGAUGAAAUUAAUUCCAAACUGAAGCGUAAUAUAUACGGGUCCUCAGCUGAAAAGGUAGACGUGGUAGACGUUUUUCAGAUAAGGAAAGAGAGUUUGAAAAAGAGCCCGUUUCCGUCGUUGUCUAUGUCCGGACAGAAGGGUCUUAGAUUAGGUGAGAUGGAGCCCUUCAGUAACGCUGAUGUUAACGGGAUGAAAUCAUCUGUGGGUCUACCAAAGUGGAUUCGGGUCUGCUUCACACCACCAGAUGACAUGGUGCUUGAUGAGCUCAAUGCUUUUGUUGUUGCAUACUUGUUUGGCUUAAACAAAUGUGCUCAAGAAGAUGAGGAGGAGCUCAUAGUAUAUUUUAGCAACAAACAAUUUGGCAGACGAAAAGAUUUGAAAACGCUGUUGCCUGGGAAAUGUGUUGACCAACAGGUUAUGAACCUACUUGUGUCCUUGCUGACGGCAAAAGAGAGAUCCGUUAUACAACAAGCAGCAGACGUCUCGUUUUGGUUUUUACCAACAACUUUGUCGCACUAUGCAAUUGAUGGGAAUCGAAUUCCCAGCGAAGUCAUUAGGUUCUAUCAGAAGGACUUCAUGGGCAAACUUGAUCAUUUGAAAAAGAUAUUUCUUCCUGUGAAUUAUUUGAACUGUCACUGGUACUUGGUUAUUGUGGAUGUGGUCAAGGGACAUUUGAUAAUCUUGGACUCACUACCGGGCUUUGUGAAUCAUGAUAGUAGAAGAAUAAUCGUGAGAAAGAUGGCUUUAUUCCUGGAAGAAAUGUUGACAGAUUCUUCCUAUCACAUAGUGGAGGCUCCAGAGCAAAUAACACGGUGUAGACCACCACCUAUUUCUGAAUAUCCCAUUGUAAAUGUAGAAGAAUUGGGCAGCCAGCGUCCAAAUUCGAAUGAUUGUGGCAUAUGGGUUGCAAAAUGGAUGAUGGAAUGCCGUUGGUCAGACAACUACAAGAUCCAGGUUGACGAGAAAACACGGAUGAAACUUGCUUUGAAUUUGGCACUCAGUUCAAACAACACUUGUAAAGAUGAGCUUAUAAAGGAUUCUGCUAAGAAUUGGAAUGAUCUGGAAAAGAAACACAGAAGUGUAGUUGUCAUAGAGUAAUUAUUGCUCGUCUUGGCCGCCUGUUAAUUUUUGUCCAUAUUUUUUUUCUUGGUUUAUUACUACAAAUGUUGGUCAUUUUCGAACACGUGAUCACAUUUUCCCAUAUAGGUUAACCAUUAAGUGGGCGAACUUCGUCGGAUGAAAACAUUGUUGGACUUUUUUUGAAGUUUAAUUGUUGGUUUGGUACUAUUAUAGGUGUAACCGUGUAAUUGCACCUUUUAUCGGCCUUAUGGUUUCCUCAUGAAUUCAUGAUGUAUUGGGUUGAAGUUCUUCAAAUACCUUG